GUGGGCUCGCGACCUUCACUACCAUCACGAGGGGUGUAUAUAAGCUCAGAUUCUCCUUGCAGUAUGUGCAGAGAUUGUCCUUGCCUUGGCUCGGUGCUGAGUCUCUCUCACGUGCAAAACUCUGAACAUGAAGCUGUUGUCGACGGUUCUGGCCCUGUUUGUGGCCCUGGCAAGCUUGGUGACCCUGAGCAGUGCCAUGCCUGAGCCUGAGGCUUUGGCUAACCCUAACCCCGUGGCUGACCCUGAUCCCUUCAAAUUCAAAGGCGGCGGUGGAUUCCGCAGAGGGGGAUAUGGAGGUUUCAGGCGGGGCCACGGAGGCUACGGAGGUUUCAGUAGGGGCUACGGAGGUUUCAGUAGGGGCUACGGAGGUUUCGGAGGUUUCGGCAAGAAGAAGUUCGG